AUGCAGAAGUACAUAUUCCAGGAAGGGAAUGUGCCGGACGGUCAAAAAGUCACCUACAAUGCACGCGAUCUCCUUGAUGUUCUGUCACCCAUCCUCCCGCAUAAACAGGAGCUUAAAGAUUUGCAGGAGAUUGUGCUGCCUGUAAUAAGGAAGGGACACUUCUCUGUCUACAUCGUCAACUUUGUGCUUAUUCACAUACUUGACCCGAAUCCUUGGGACGAAAUUGGGAAAACGGGGUGGAAAGAUACUCACUUUGGGAAGAUAAAUUUUUCUGAUGGAGAAAUGCAGUUUUGCAAAAGACUGAUGCUCCGGCUCAAUGAUGCUAUCCAGUUUCUAAGGCCCAAUGUUGUGAGAAGAUUUCGGAGCUAUAUGUGUGAAAUGCUGCAUGCCAUACCCAAGCAAGCUGUAUGCUCUGAAGACUGCGCUUUCUACUGCAUGUUAUACAUGGACAACUAUGAUGCGGCUACUGGUACAGUGCACUGGCCAUACACGGUUAACAAUGUCCCCAUCAAUGUCUCUUCGCAAGCGAUACGGGCUGAUAUACUCCAUUACAUUGUGUACCAUGAUGCCAAUGAACAGAAGGAACUUCCUCCAGAGGUACAGAGGUUGCGUCACACCGAGCGGUGAACGGCAUGUCUAGUGUAGGGGGAACGUUCGUACCACUGUUAUGCAUUUUGUAAACUUGUGCUACCGAUGAAAACCUUGGUGACGGCGACAAACAGUAUCCAUAGCCGCUUCCUUUUUUUUGGUAAAAAUACUAAGUAUGUUAGCUACAGUCUUUUUUUCGUUUUAUGGUGUUGAAGAUAUACUUAUGGCUGACCAACUGCAAGGUCUUUUUUUCGUUU